UAGAUGAUCAGGUAAGGAACAGGUAUAGUAUCUAGGGGCUUGGUAGCUCCAAAUCGCUCAUUUAGAGAGCAUCGAGAAGGCCCCGGCAAUAACCAUAUUCCCACUCAGUGUUUGGAGAUCAUCUACCCAGGCUGGGACUUCUCGGGCAGGCAAGGACCCAGGGCCCCUGGAAGAGCUGCUCCAGGGGACAGGAUUCCCUGUGUCUCCCCCGAGGAGAGCAUGACUGCCCUCCUGCCGCUGCUGCUGGGCCUCAGCCUGGGCUGCACCGGAGCAGGAGGCUUUGUGGCCCACGUGGAAAGCACCUGUCUGCUGGAUGACAAUGGGACUCCAAAAGAGUUCACAUAUUGUAUCUCCUUCAACAAGGAUUUGCUGACCUGCUGGGAUCCCCUGCAGGCCAGUAUGGUCCCUUGUGAAUUUGGGGUACUGAACGGCUUGGCCAAAUACCUCUCAGAUUACCUCAACCAUAAGGAAAACCUGAUCCAACGCUUAUCCAACGGGCUGCAGGACUGUGCCACACACACCCAGCCCUUCUGGAGAUCUCUGACCCACAGGACACGACCGCCAUCUGUGCAAGUAGUUAAAGCCACUCCUUUUAACACGAGGGAGACUGUGAUGCUGGCCUGCUACGUGUGGGGCUUCUAUCCAGCUGCUGUGACCAUCACGUGGAGGAAGAACGGGCAGCUGGUCCUCCCUCACGGCAGCGCCCAUAAGACCGUCCAGCCCAACGGAGACUGGACAUACCAGACCGUCUCCCAUUUGGCCAUAACCCCCUCUUUGGGGGACACCUACACCUGUGUGGUAGAGCACAUUAGCACUCUUGAACCCAUCCUUCAGGACUGGACUCCUGGGCUGUCGCCAGUGCAGACAGUGAAGGUUUUUGCGUGUGCUGUGACUCUGGUCCUGGGCCUCGUCAUCUUCUCUCUUGGUUUGGUCAGCUGGCGGAGAGCUGCCUUCUCCGGCUACGUUUUCCUCCCAGGGUCCAAUUAUCCAGAAGGUAACGUGUCUGUUGGUCUGUCUGCCUGCUGGCCCUUUGGAGCGGGUGAAGGUUAGAGGGAGUCACCGUUGGGUUCAGCUAAUGGUGCUAUUUGGAGCGGGGGUGAGCUUCCACCAGGCUCGGGCUGACAAUGUGAUUGAAGCUGCUGUUGCUGGGAUCAGGAACAGAAGGGAGGAGCACCUACCCCCUUCUCUUCUACCCAACGGAGUGUCUGAAGGUGGCUCCUUAGUGUUUGGUGAUCUAGAAUUUUCCAUAUCACUGUAUUAAAGGCUCUGGCAUGGAUGGUUAUAGGGACAAACGAUGGGGUCAAGUUGGUUUGGAGUUUUAUUACCUUGUUUUCAUUUCUUCUGCAGGUCAGCACAUUUCCUAGAGGCAGAAUCCUACAAGUUCCUCUCCACGUGAGGAGAUUCAAACUCCUAAGGAUGCUGCUGUGCUCCUCCAGCCCGUCCAAGCGUCCACAUUUUCUUGGAUCCUAUGGUUUCUCUAUUUGAUUCUAUGAAUUUCCCAGGCCCUGCUAUGGAAACCUUACAACUUGGGGAACUCACUCCUGGGAAUAUUCUGUAACCAAGGUGUUGUCCAUAGGUAGAGCCCAAGGCUACGUAUCUGGGCUGAAUAUAAUCUGGGGAGAAACGUCAAAGGCCCUCUUGGGGGCCCCCUGUGCCACAGAGGUAUGAGUCGCUGGUGAUCGGCUCUGAGGA